CUCGGGACUCUGUAAUCUGUAUCUAUUUUAGCCCAUCACCAUUGUUGCUCCCCAAGUACAAGUAUAUGCCAUGAAAAGCUGCUAAAAUGCCGGCCAGCGAUGUCUGUCUUUCUCUGUCUCUCCACGUGCUGCUCGUCAGCAAAUCAUGUGCUCUGCUCCCCCCAUUUCUCAUCAGAGACUCAAAAGUCGACCCACUUUCCACCUCCUCUUGAUUUGAACACUUUUUUGUUUUCUCCUCCACUUCCCUUUCACACUCACACUCACACUCCAAUCACUCCAUAUUCAUUGCAAUCUUACAAAAAGCUCCAACAUGUACACCAGAAUCUAUUUAUCUUCUCUUUCCACCUGAAUCUUUAUUUAUAUUCUACAUGUAGCACUCGCUCAUGGGCUGCUUUCAGUCCAAAACCGCCCACCUCACCUCCCCAGAUCAAGACCCUCCUCUCCCUCUCUCCACUGCAGAUCCAGCUAAUAAUGGGGAGGAGUUGGAGCAAAGCGACGCCGUUCCGGGAUUCAAGGAGUUCGGGCUGGCGGAGCUCCGAGCUGCGACCAAUGGGUUCAGCAGCGAACUCAUAGUUUCGGAGAGCGGAGAGAGGGCGCCCAAUGUGGUGUACAAAGGGAAGCUUCGCAACAAUCGCUUGGUGGCCAUCAAGCGCUUCUCCAAGCUCUCCUGGCCAGACCCACGCCAGUUUGUCACGGAAGCUUCUGGGGUUGGCAAGAUUCGGCAUAGGAGACUGGUGAAUUUAAUUGGGUGUUGCGCUGAGGGAGAUGAGCGGCUAUUGUUGGCGGAGUUCAUGCCUAAUGAUACACUCUCCAAGCAUCUCUUUCACUGGGAGAAGCAGCCUUUGCCUUGGGAAAUGCGUGUGAGAGUUGCAUACUAUAUUGCUCAAGCACUUGAUCAUUGCAAUACAGAAAACCGAAAAAUCUAUCAUGAUCUAAAUGCAUAUAGAGUUCUCUUUGAUGAGGAUGGUGACCCUCGAUUAUCUAGUUUUGGUCUUAUGAAGAAUAGCCGAGAUGGAAAAAGCUAUAGCACUAACUUGGCUUAUACUCCACCAGAGUUUUUGCGGACAGGCAGGGUCAUACCAGAGAGUGUGGUCUACAGUUAUGGAACUGUUUUGCUGGAUCUUUUGAGUGGAAAGCAUAUCCCUCCAAGCCAUGCAUUGGAUUUGAUAAGGGGAAAAAAUUUGUUGUUAUUGCUGGAUUCAUCCUUGGAAGGACAAUAUACCCAAGAAGAUGCGACAGAGUUGGUUGAGCUGGCCUCAAAGUGUCUUCAAUAUGAGGCUAAAGACCGACCUGAUGUCAAAUUUCUUCUUUCCGCAGUAGCACCCCUCCAAAAGCAGAAAGAGGUUGCAUCACAUGUCCUAAUGGGUCUAGCAAAAACGCCAGUGGCAUUGCCAACCAUACUUUCCCCUCUGGGAAAGGCUUGUGCAAGGAUGGAUCUUACUGCUGUGCAUGAUAUAUUGCUUAAAACAGGUUAUAGAGAUGAAGAGGGUGCAGAAAAUGAGCUGUCAUUCCAAGAGUGGACACAACAAGUGCAAGAUAUGUUGAACACAAAGAAAUUCGGGGAUAUUUCAUUUAGAGACAAGGAUUUCAAAAAUGCUAUCGAAUAUUACUCAAAGUUGGUAUCAAUGAUGUCGGUUCCAUCGGGUACCGUCGUUGUGAGGCGAGCCCUCGCGUACUUGAUGAUUGGCGAACCAGAGCUUGCCCUGAGAGAUGCCAUGCAAGCUCAGGUGUGCUUGCCGGAGUGGUCCACUGCCUUCUACAUGCAAGCUCUUGCCCUCUCAAAGCUUGGAAUGGAAACUGAUGCCCAGGACAUGCUUAAUGAUGGCGCCUCCUUUGAAGCCAAGAAGCAAAACAGCUGGCGCAGUUGAGGUUCUCAGCUAAUGGUGGAAGUCCAUAUCUCUCAACAUUUCUUUCAACUUGUACCCUGGUUUUUUCAUGGUAACUAAUUUGCUCUGUGGUGAGAGGGUUAUUUUGAGUUGGCACCCACCAUUCUCCACUUGAUUAGUUUUACACAGAAAUGUACAAAACAUUCCUAGUUUCAAUAAUCUAAGCUGAUAUUUAGAUUUAGUUGUAAACUUAUAUCCAAUUGGGAAAAAAUGGUUGUGUUACUGACUUACCUUGACAAUA